AUACUUGUUUAUUGAUGCAAUAAGGUCCGCUCUUGAGUGAAAUCAAUUUCGAAUUUCAAUAUAUAUUCGAUUAUGGAUUAAAAUUUCACUCAAUAUCGGAGAUCUAGAUUUUGCCAAUAUUUUACCAAUGACAGGAACUCUCCUCAGCCGAUUUUGAGAAAAUUAGCAUGCAAGUAAUAUUUCAGGCUUCUUUUUAGCUUACCAUUGUCAUAAUCGAUUGUUAUUUUACAUGAUACUAGUUUAUGACUGAAUAGUCAGUCUGUACGCAUAGUAUUACAAAAUGAAGGUGCUUAUGGCUGGUUUAUUUAAAACUGGUACUAAAAGUAUGGAUGAAGCUAUGAGAAUUUUAGGUUAUAGACCAGCAGAACAUGGUGUGUACUUUGGUGAGUUAUACGAAGACUGGAAUAAGUUUUAUAACGGGAAGGGAACUUCAGAUGAUAUACGGAGAAUGUUCAAAAACUAUGACACCGCAAGUGAUUUCAUGGCUGCUCUACACUGGAAGGAAUUUUUGAAAGGCUUCCCUGAUAUCAAAAUUAUUUUGAUGCAACGUGAUAUUGAAAGUUGGUUGGUAUCGUAUAAAGCACAGGUGAAAAAAUUCAACGAAUCCGCUCUUUCAUUCCCACUUUCUGUGUUUUCUCCUACGGCUAGAAGGUGGUUUGAUUUUACGGGAAAAUUCAUGAGAAGGCUUUGGAACGAAAAGGAAAACACUGCCUUUUAUUUUCGAAAAACUCUGCCACUGCUAGACGAUGACCGCGCAAGAAAACUUUACAAAGAUCAUACUGCUGAUGUAAUCAAGGAAGCGCCACCAGGGCAACUGCUGGUUUACAACGUCAAUGAAGGAUGGGGACCCAUUUGUAAAUUUUUGGGACGUGAAGUUCCAGAUAUACCCUUUCCCCAUUUAAAUAAAAAAGGAGAAAUCGCUGAAAAAAGGUUGAAAAAUGAUUCGUACAUUAAAAAUAUGUAUAUCGAAAUGUAUACUGUUCUCGCUUUAAUUUUCUUGUUUUUCUCUUUGUUUGUCGCAAUUGUAUUAAAACUUUAUCAUGAAUUUAUUUGAUAUUCCUAAUUAUUGUUUUUCACAUUCAUUUUCGUUUGCUAUUUAAUCAUCAUCUAUGCCAGGGGUCGGGAACCUUUUUGGUCAAGAGAGCCCUAAAAUAUACAUAUUUUCAAUUGCAUUUCCGUGCGAGCCAUAUAACAUUUCUUCACUUAAUCAGGCCUGAAACGUUUACUCAAAAGUC